AUGCGGCCGCUGGGCAAUGCCCACGGUGGACACAUUGCCAGUCUGUUCGACUUUGUCACAUCGAUGCCGCUGGCCCUGAUCAACAAGCCUGGGUUCUGGUUCUACCUGGGAGUGAGCAGGACGUUGAACGUGACAUAUCUCAAGCCAAUACCCCUCGGCGAGAAGAUCUUGGUCGAGGCGGAAAUCCUGAGCGUCGGCAGGACGCUGUGUACCAUCCGGGGCGCAAUGAGGAGGGAGAGCGACGGGACUCUGUUGGCCGUGUGUGAGCAUGGGAAAUUCAACACAGACCCAGGGGCCAGCAGCAAGAUCUAG